CAUCAAAACAAAAGGCCAUUUGUCAUUGUAACACCUCCUAGUUUUUUUAAUCUUUAUAUUUACUUCGUGGUUCGAAACUUUUUUGUUGCCAAGAUGACCAUCCUCAUUGACCAGCCCCAACUUGAUUGCGUUCCCAUUGAAGACAAGAAACUUGGGCAAUCACAAUGCGCCUUCGAGGCUCCUCACAUGAAUGCUUUUGGCCAAAAUUUUAGGGACUAUACUAAUGCUGAAACCGAGAGGCAAAAAGGGGUUGAGGAAUUCUACCGAUUGCAACACAUCAACCAGACAUAUGAUUAUGUUAAGAGGAUGAGAGAAAAGUUCUCAAAACUAGACAAAAUGGAAAUGAGCAUAUGGGAAUGCUGUGAGCUUUUGAAUGAAGUUGUGGACGAGAGCGAUCCGGAUUUGGAUGAGCCACAGAUCCAACACUUGUUGCAGUCGGCCGAGGCUAUCCGCAAGGACUACCCCGACCAAGAUUGGUUGCACCUCACCGCUCUAAUUCACGAUCUAGGAAAAGUUCUUCUUCUCCCCAAAUUCGGAGGGUUGCCUCAAUGGGCCGUUGUUGGUGACACUUUCCCUCUUGGAUGUGCUUUUGACGCCUCCAAUAUUCAUCACAAGUAUUUCCACGAGAAUCCUGACAGCAAAAACACAACCUAUCUCACUAAGAACGGAGUUUAUGAAGAAGGAUGCGGGUUGGAAAAUGUCGUUAUGUCAUGGGGGCACGACGACUACAUGUAUUUGGUGGCUAAGGAAAAUGGAACAACUCUACCUUCGGCUGCAUUGUUCAUCGUCCGUUACCAUUCAUUUUAUCCUUUGCAUAAGGCUGGAGCUUAUACACACUUGAUGAACGACGAAGACAAGGAGAAUCUCAAGUGGCUCCAUGUCUUCAACAAAUAUGAUCUGUACAGUAAGAGCAAAGUUCAUGUUGAUGUUGAGGAAGUGAAACCCUACUAUAUGUCCCUCAUUAACAAGUACUUCCCAGAAAAGCUGAGAUGGUAAAAUUUUGUGCAAGCGUUUGAUGAAGAGCAAUUGGGAUUAGUGUAUCCAAUUGCGAAAGUUUGUAUUUUCUUGUGUUUGUAAAUUGCUUUUCAUCUACACAGAUGGGCAAAAUAGUCACUUCAUCACCAUUGUAGCAUUUCUCAUUUUUACAUUCAUCAUAUGUGAUUUUUAGUUAGUUUUGCCUGUACACAAUAAAUGUUGAGUCCCCAACGCCCAAUGUAAUCUCCCGGCUUCUCCUACUAAUUAAUUCUGUAUUGUUAAUGCUUGCAAUAUUCUCAACUAAUACAAAUAUCUCACUUCAAACAA